GAAUUUUGAGCAACAGUAAGUUUGAAUUAUUUCGGAAAAUUUAACAGAACGCCAACUUAACAGACACUUGUUGCCAACCUUUCCCCCAAGACUCUUAGAAUUUCCCAAACUAAUCAAGUGUGCUUUGCUUUUCCAAAGGUUUCAGAUAAUGAAACGAUGGCUCGAUCGAAUCGAAUCGAAAAUGCCGUCGAAUCAUCACGACAUUGACGUGUUUUCGUCGCAUUUUUACCCAAUAAAUUCCAUCGAUACCUAUUAGAAACGAUAAAAAAAAUUCGCACGCCCCGCAUAUUCCCAGUUGGCCGUGUUUCUCGUUCCAUUUAGUUCCGUUUGUUCGGAACAAACGCGAUGACCACCACCGAUUUAGCGGUGAUCGUACCAUCGGCCUUUUUAAUCAUGCAAAUCUUGGAGGAUUUGAAAAUCAAAGCGGCCAUGUUGCUGCAAGCCGUCAAAAUCUACUGGAAGACGCUGUUUAUCGUGAUUUACCCGCUAGUAUUGUUGCCAGUGUUCCUCACCAAUAACACGUCGGCCUUCCGAUGUCUCUACGUCGUCUUGCUGAUGGCAGGUUACUGGGUGUUCGAGGUGCUCCCUCUGCCGGUGACCUCACUCAUACCGAUGGUGCUCUUCCCGCUGAUGGGCAUCCUGGACUCGGACAAGACGUCGCUGUGCUACCUGAAGGAGACCAAUAUGAUGUUCGUCGGCGGGCUGAUCAUCGCCAUAGCCGUGGAGCAUUGCAAUUUGCACAAGAGGGUGGCCUUGUACGUGAUCAAGUUGGUCGGGUGCAGCCCCAGACGGUUGAACAUCGGCCUGUGCUCGGUCACCAUGCUGAUAUCCAUGUGGAUAUCCAACACGGCCGCCGCUGCUAUGAUGAUACCCAUUAUUGAAGCCACGCUGCUGGCCUUGGAAGAACAAGGCAUCGGCGAGAUGUUCGAAAGCAGCGACCUGGAGGAGCCCCAGCAGGCGGAGAUCGAACGCGACGCCACCGAAGACACCAAACGGCCCACCAGGACCACCAUGUGCUACUUCAUAUCGACAGCGUACGCGGCCAGCAUCGGCGGCAUGGGCUGCAUCAUCGGCUCCGGCACCAACCUCACCUUCAAAGGCCUCUACGAGACGCUGUUCCCCAACAGUCCCGGCGUCGAGUUCACCAAGUGGAUGAUCCUCAACGUGCCGCUGAUGCUGCUCAUGAUGUACCUGGGCAUCGUGUGGAUGCAGUUCUGGUACAUGGGCCUCUUCCGGCCGAACAGCGCCGACGCCAAGAAGAUCCGCGUCGGCCAGCAGGGCGCCGCCGUCGCCAAGAAGCUGAUCAACCACCAGCUGGAGCAGCUGGGGCCCAUGUCGUUCCACGAGGGCGCCAUCGGCUGUUGCUUCCUGCUGUCGAUCGUCUUGUGGUUCUUCAGGAAGCCGCAGUUCGUUACCGGAUGGGCCGAGUUGAUUACCAACCAUAAGGUGAAAGACGCGACGGCCGCCCUAAUAGUAGUCCUCAUAAUGUUCAUAUGCCCGUCGAAACCGGACUUCAUCUACAUCUUCAGCAAGAACGACCGCAUCAGGCCGAAGGCGCCGUCGCCGGCCCUCAUCUCCUGGAAGAUCGUCCAGCAGAAGAUGCCGUGGGGCCUGCUCUUCCUGUUGGGCGGCGGCUUCGCCAUGGCCGAGGGCUCCAAGGCGAGCGGCAUGAGCCACAUGAUCGCCCAGCACCUGCGCGGCUUCACGCAGCUCAACAAGUACUACGUGAUGCUGAUAUCGGGCAGCAUGGGCGCCGUGCUGACGCAGUUCUCCAGCAACGUGGCGUGCGCCAACGUGCUGCUGCCCGUCCUCGCCGAGAUGUCCGUCGACGCCAAGAUCCAUCCGAUGUACCUCAUGAUGCCGGCGGCGCUCUGCUGCUCGUUCGCCUACUGCCUGCCGGUGUCGACGCCGCCCAACGCCAUCGCGGCCGCCCCCUGCAACAUGGCCUCCGGCGAGAUGUCCAAGGUGGGCAUCGGCAUGACCAUCAUCUCUCUGCUGGUGCUCUUCCUGAUCUUUCCCUAUUACGGCAACCUCAUCUGGGACCUGGAGACCUUCCCGGCUUGGGCGGAGGAGCAGGACGUGUAGGAAUAUGUCGUGGGGAAUAUAUUAUUUGCGAUGAGGGGGCGAAAAUUUUUUUUCAAAAAAUUGUAUUCUGUAAAUAUUUCAACGUUGUAUAUAGUUGGGUUUUUUUGUUCGAAAUGAUGACCUAAAGUGCGUUCACGUUGCUUUGGUAAU